UCGUGCACGCAAGGAAAGAGUUAGCAUUACCAGGCAGCGCUUUCCCUCCCUCCUUCAGAGCCCAUUUGCUUGCCACGCCAUGAACAGCAUACUGGAUUUUUAUCUGAGGACGGUUCUGCCGACAGCCAUGGCCGGAGUGACGGAGGACACCAAGGACUUAAGGCCUCCCAUGGAGUCCAUACAGAUGAUCUUCGACGAGCUCAAGAGUGAGGUCACCAAAUGUAGAAAUUAUUUCUCCUGCCAGAAACAGUUCGACAUCAAAAACCUAAACUCUACUUACACUCAGAUGGAGAGUAAAGGUCCAUAUAAGGCCAUGGGUGAGCUGGAUCUGCUGUUUAACUACAUUGAGACGUAUCUGGCUUCCAAAAGGCACAGAGUGGCCACCGUUUGAUGACCUGCUGACCCUAAUCAAAAUGUGAACAUGUUCAUCUCAGGAAAAGAAAUGACAGCCACUGACUACUGCACUCUAUUGUAUUCAAUGAAAUCCGUUAUUUUCAGGGUGUUGCCAGAUGCUGUUGCUAAACUGAUGUCUUUGUUAUUCUGAGACUUCUGUUUUUGUCCUGAGGACAAGUUUCUGUAUUAGGAUCAUAUUGAGUCCUACACAUAUGAAGGUACGACCAAGACUGUCACUUAUGAAGCUGUGAUAUUUAUUUUUGUAUUACAUGUAAUGUGUAUUUAUGAUGACCAAUAAUGUAUUGUUAUAGAUGAAUAAAUGACUUGUUGAUAA